AGCAUGAUAAGUUGCUGGACUUGUUAAACUCCGCUGAGAUCCCAACACACAUGUGUAAAGAACUUUUUAAUGAGUUUGAGGUCUCUUUGGAAGAGUGUAGACAGAUUUUUAGGAAAUUAGUGAUCCUAAACAGCCUAACGUAUAAACUUGGUUUCGAUACCUAUACUGAAAAGAUGCAUAUGGAUUUGUUUGAUACUGCAAAGGACUCCAUUAAAGUGUAUAAAAAGAUUAUAGAUGAAGCAGAGAAAAGAGACCAGCAGUAUUGUACAAAAGAAUCGCGUAAGGCCAGCUUUAAAGGCUGUAGGAUGUGGAAGGGACAAACACCCGAGAUAUUAGCUGAUGCAGGAUUUUUCUAUCUAGACGCAGAAGCGUGUGUUUCUAUGCAACCAUGUCAAGAAAACAGAAAAACCUGUUUGUUGCAUCGGCAAACAUAUUUAUUUAAAACAUCAACAACAGAGAAUGUCUCUCCCUUAAGGAACACAAACACAGACGAUAAGCCUCAGCAAAGUAAGAAGAAAUUACGUAUUCUUAAAAAAGUCCGUACACAGGAUUGGAAAGGAAAUGCUUUUCCAAAAGUAAGAACAUCACCUUCAGUCGUAGAAGCGUGUCCUCCUCUACAGCAAUUGCACGAACAUGAAUAUGAACAUCGGCAGAAACCCUCAACACAGGAAGAUAAUGCAUAUGGCUUUUCAAACAUGACGAAUGCCAACACAUUUGAGAAGCUUAAACGCAGAUGUCUACACGGUGUUCAUACUACUUGCGGACAAGUUAGCUCCCAAGUAGAAUGUACGAUGACAACUGAAAAUAGGCAAAUAAAUCAAAGCAGCAAUAUACCUUUAGAUUUCAAUACCAAAAACAAGCGGUGCACGAUGAAUCCAGGUAUUCUAACAGAACUCCUAACACAAGAUUGUAUAGUUGAUGUUUAUCAAAAAGAAUUAUGCUCUCCUGGGCAUCUAUGGAAAAAACAUGGAUACGAAGAUGCGCAGAAACCGUCAACAACAGAAAAAGAUGCAUAUCCCGUAUCAAAUGCCGACACAUUUGAUAAGCAUAAGAAAAAAUGUCUACACAGGGAGCAAACUACUUGUGAAAAAGUCAGUUUAACAAUGGAACGUUCGAAUAGUACUGUAAAUGGACAAAUAAUUCAAAGCAGCAUCAAUCAUUUGAAUCUCAAAAUCAAAAACAAUGACAAUCUGUUUACUUUUUGUCAAAGCAAACCACAGUCAACCAAUGGAUGCAGUUACAGGCUAUGGUAUUAUCAAUUUAGUCAGUUUAGAAGGACACCAGGUAUUAUAACAGAAGUUCUCACACUCGAUUGGACAGUUUUCAGAGUAAGGACCUUUCAAAACAAUCAACUUUUACAGACGUCAGUUGGACUUUCAAUGCAUUUGUUUAAUGAAGGAUUCAGACAAUCGGACGUUGAGGACUUAUGUGAAGUAGUUGUUUCCUAGGCUGGUAUUUUUGAUUUGGCAUCUGUCAGCCGCGUAUGCCAAAUCAAAAAUACCUUGCCAAUUGAAGAAGACAGAAACUGUAUACAUAUCAUAGCGUUACCAUCAGGACAGAAAGACACUGUAAAGGAGUUUCUUUUCAAAUGGCCAGCCAUUGUUGAUUUGUCAUCUGCCGCUGCAGAGCGCCAAAUCAUCAAUCCUGGUCCAGGAAAGGUGAUUCCUGCAAAUAGCAUGAGACUACGCUGCCAAAUAGUCCAGUUAGGGAGAAGUUUGAAUUACUUUAGCAAACUGAUUGCUUUCUUACCUCAAGGAACAAAGCAAGCUGUCUGUUACGGUAACGAUCUAGUUGUUAUUAGUCCAGAGUGUGAAAAUGUAACAUGCACUCAAAACGACUGCGUUGUUAUCUGUGAACGUGGAAAAUCAAUCUGGUGUUACAAAAACUCUCUUGCUAUUUGCAGUGUCAAGUGUGACAACGUUUUACUCGAAAACAACGAAAUUCAGGUUUCAGUCGAUAACAGUUUUGACCAUCAGAGCUUUAUCAACCAGAAUUUUGGACUUGUCCUGUAGUAAAAUGGUUUUCAGACUAUGAUAUAUUCAAAUAUUCACUAGGAUCCUAUGUUGUUAUGCAAUAGUUUUAUUGAAAUUCAUCUUGUAUGUUUGUUUAUACAAAUGACCCUGUUUCUGUGAAAAAGCAUUACAGGAUUACGUUGGAGUAAAGGUUCUAGUAGUUGAACAUUUAAUCAGUAAUAUAUAUAUAUAUAUUUACAGAUCUAGCAUUGUUGGGCUGAUGUUUAGACGAGUUGUGUAUAUAUAUAUAUAUAUAU